AAAGCAUUGCUUAACUUUCAUGAGGAUCGAACUUUCGAUGAACCAUCAUUCAGGAAUUGGAAAGAGCGAAUAGAUCAUUUUCGUAGUAAGGAACUGGAUCCGGAGUUGGUGACAGAUUUAUUACAGGAAGCUAUGGCUGAUUUAAAAUUCCAUUACUACGAUAUUGACAAGUUUAUAGAUUACACAAUCGACUACUUUGCAAUGGCUGGAGCUACAGGAUCUGAAAUAAUGAACCUUCGUCUUCAACUUCUAGAAAUUCCACAUGCUGGAUUGCAGGAUUCUUUUUCUAAAAUGUCGGCUACUGUUUCGAAAUACUCAACCCAGUAUGAAGACGAUAUGUCAGUAGCUCAGAAAACCUAUUCAGCAACCUUGAAGAAACAAAAACAUAUUGAAAUCUUCGAAUUAGCCUUAUUAAGAGAACCAGAUAACAUGUCUCUAUGGACAGAAUAUGUGAAAAACUACGCAAAGUACAUGGCUAGGGAAGAUGAUGACGCUCUUUUGUCGAUAUUUCGUCGAGCACCCAAGUCUGAUGAGCUGUGGCUUCCCUUCUGUUUGUUGUGUAUAUAUACUGUCUAUGAACAGCAGUUCAGAGGUAAAGUUCUCGACGAUAGAGUCUUGCUCCAUAUAACAGGCGAGCUUACUAGAUUGUUUCCCUACCAUCCUUCGGCUUACACAGAAGCAUUGAAGCUUCCAGUCGACCGGAUAAAAAUGAUAAUUACCAUUAAAAAUUUGGAUUUAAUUCAUAAGUCUGACUAUAAUGAAUGGAAGAAGGUUGCGUUGGCUAUUUUGACAUAUUUAUCAUCUGGAAUUUCAUGGAAUGAUCCAGAAAUAAAGAAGCUACAAGAGAAACUAGAUCUUCAAAACUUCGCAAUCGAGUUUGCUGAAUUUGCUAUAGUUGAAAACAAUGAUAUUUUUCAUUCUGUUGAAAAGCUUUCGAUUACACUUUUGGAACGACUUGGAGAUCAAGAGAGUGUUCAUAAGCUUGCUAAGCAGUUGGUGGAACGUUUUUCUGAUCAAUGUGAGGUAUGGCUCUUUCUCAUAAAUUUUUACAUCAGUGUAAAUGAAAACAAAGAUUUUAUAACUUCUUUGUUUGAGAAGGGAGUCUCCUUUGCAAAAUCUCUUGAUUGGCCAGAAAGGUUGAUUGAAGAGUGGAUACACUUCGAAACAGUUUAUGGUACACCAAUAUCAUCAAAGAAAGCUGUCUUGUUUUGUAAUAAUACUUUACAGGAUUUGGCAUUGGAAAUUCAAAAUGAAAGCAACGAGGAGGUUGAUGAUAAGCAGGCAGUUCUAUCAGAAGAUGAAGAUAGUGAAGAAGGAGAUAAAAAACGUAGAAAAUUGAAUAAAAACGAUUCAUCUGCUAUAGUACCUCCUAGAUCGAGAGAGAAUUUGAUGGUUAAAGUGGAAAAUUUGACUUCCGAUGUCACCAGGAAUGAUAUAACUCGUUUCUUUAGUGACUGUGGAAGUAUUAGAGAAUUGUCUAUUGUGGAAAAUAGUGCGACAAUUGAAUUCCAUGAAGAACGAGAAGUUUUGGCUGCAAUUACUAAGGAUAAGAAGAAAAUUUCUGGGAAGGAGAUCUCUGUGAAACGAAUAGUGAAUUGUAUUCUUUUUGUUAACAAUUACCCACCCAGUAUGGACCAGGGCUGCAUAAGGUUGAUGUUCGAACAGAUAGGUAAGUUGGCCAGUAUCAGGUUUCCUUCUCAGCGUUCGAACCAUACUAGACGGUUCUGCUAUGUAGAAUAUGAAAACGCCAAUUCUGCUCUUCAAGCUGUCAAGAUUUAUAAUGGAAAGGUAUUGGUAGAUAAUGUUCUCCAUCAGGAUUUUGCUCUUCAGGUUGCUAUAUCUGAUUCUGAAGCCAAGUCAGAUAGAGAAACCAAGAUGGAAAGCCAGAUUAGAGUGAAGAACAUUGACUACAUGCUUGAUAUUGAAGCCAUCAAAGGCAUGUUUGUUGAAUGUGGAACUGUUACUCUGGUAGUAAUUCCUAAGUUUCAGCGAAAUAAUUUUAAUCAAAAGAACAAUGGUUUGGCAUACGUUACUUUUGAGAGUAAUCACGAAGCACAAAAGGCUGUACAAAUGGAUGGAAAGAUAAUUGGAGGUAGACCAAUUUCGGUUGCUUUAAGCUCGCGUUCACAGAAAUACUCACAGUCACACAAGCAUGAUAAUGGCUAUUCAGCAUCCAAAUAUUCACAAUUUGAAGAUGUAAGAACUGUGGGUGUUACUAAUGUUGAUAACACAUUGACUGCAGAGCAAGUUAAACUAUUUUUCUCUACCAAUGGAGGUGUUGUUAGUAAAGUUGAGAUCUUUCCUGAACAUGCUGUGGCCAUGGUGGAGUUUGAAAAGGCAUCAGAUGCUGGAAAUGUGACUAUGAGUCUUAGAACCAAGCAAUUGGGAAACAGGGAGAUUGUGUUGACGUCAAUGGCAGAAGUUGUUAGUAUUAUUAAGGGAAAGAAGGAGCUGCAUCAACAACCUGUUCCAAAGAUGAUGGUUCCAGCAUCAAUACGUCGCAAGAGAAAGUAA